AUGGCGACGUAUCCACCGCGGAGGCUGCUGGGAGCAAGACCUUUACCCUCUGACCCCCGCCGUGACCCCCGUCGUUCCGGCUUCACUGAAGGCGGCGGCGGAAGGUGGGAACAGCGAUUGCCUACCGGACAGGGUUGGGGGUGGGCAGACCGCUUCCCGCGCGUUCAACAAGGGGUGGGGAGAGGCGCUUCACUCCCUCACCUUUUCUCCACGGCUUCCAGCCUGUCUCCCACCGAUUCGUUGGGAGGCGCGCAGCCUCUUCGCAGCCGUUGUAACGAUCAGGGCCUCUACGGCCGCUACAGUCCGCCUGGGGCCGGGUUGCUCUGCACUGAGCACUGGCCCUCCGUCCGUGGCGGGCAGCGGGGUCCAGGGGCGGGGAAUGGUGAGGUGGCGUCGGCCCGCCCUCUCUGGGGACGCGGAACGUGUUUGUGUUUGUGUUCGUGUCGGACACCACGCCCCUCCCACGUCCGCCUGGAAGGGCCCUCACACCCACCCCACCCCCGACUCCCACCACCUGAAGCAAAACUGAUCUCUGUCCCCUUUUCCUCCCUCAGCCCCCGCGAUCUCCGGUGCUUGUGCACGCACUUCCAGGGACUGGCAGCAUGUCACCAUCACCUCCUGAGAAACUUAAGAAGAGUCUCUGCAAGUGUGUUUGAUUUGUGUAGUUUCAUAAAGUGAAUGGUUAUUUUUUUCUAUUUGAAUGAUAGAACAUAUUAAUGUAAAGUACAAACCAUUUGAAGUAAAUAAAAUUUCUACUUCCUUUGUUGGUUUCUUUUAUACAAUCACCUUUUCCUUCCUAAAAGAAUCACUGUUAGACAAUUUAAAAUUUAUGAUUGAAGGGCAGAGGGCAUCUGUCAGUCUUAAAUAGCAAGGAAAAUAAGCAUACCAUAAAUGAAAGGCGACUUUGUUAUGUUUACAGAAUGGAAGGUAUUUUUACAUAUUAGUAAAUGUUGUGUGAAUUAAUUUAAACUGCUAAUGGUGCUGAUGUCGCCAGUAGAAAAUGUUUUGCCUGGUUAUUCAGUCCAUUAAGCAUUCUGCUUCACUGUUUUUUACUUCAGGAAAAUUCAAAGAGGAGCAGCACCUCUUUAUGUCGCUCCCUUCACUGACCCUAACGGUUCCUUCCUGCCUCUUAAACAUUCUCUUCUACUCUGGAAGAUGGUGUGUUAAAAGACUGAAUAUAUCUCUAAGUAAAUGUAAUCCAGCUUCAUCCUGUUCUCACCCUUCUUGCUUCCUUUCUAUUUCUGUCAUGCACCACCGAGCUCUUUCGGGUCUGUAGCAGUUAGUUGUUAGUUGUCCCUAAAAUUUCUCCUUUUUUUUUUAAUACUAAUAGACAUGGACACAUGGCUGUCCAGAAUAAAGACUAUUUUCUAGCCUCUCUGUAGCCAUGUGGUAGUUUUAGCCAGUGGUAUAUAAGCAGAUAUAUCAUGUGGCUCUCCUUUAAUACUAUCCUUAGAAGACAGAUGGUAUGCACCUUCAGUCCUUUGUUUCUUUUCCUCUUAAUAUCUUGCACCCUGGAAUAAGGAUGUGAUGGCCUGGAACUCCGUCAGUUUGGGCUCUAGGCAAAUCCUUAAGCUGGUGGAAACCUGAGUCUUUGAGACCCUUGUGGAGUGCCAUACCAGCCCUACACUCUUUACAUUCAGAUUUUGAUGUGAGGGGAAAGUAAACUUCUAUCUUAUUAAACCACUAUUUGGGGUCUCUUGUUCUCAGUUGAAUUUAAUCUUAACUGGUACUCCAUCUCAGGACCUCUGCACUUGCUGUUUUUUUGUUUGUUUGUUUUUUCUGCCUGGGAUGUGCUUUCUCUAUGUCUGUAUGACUAACUUAUU